AUGAAAUAAAUAAUAAGUUAUUGUUGGUGCAUAUUGAUCUCGUUUCAAACCUUUCUCUCUCGGAUUCAAGUCUGCGUUUAUUUUUUCUCUUUGUCACAACAACCAUAGCUUGAAGCUUCUCCGCGUCAACCAUGGCCGAUAAAGUUCCCCCGAAUGCUGGAUCUCAAGGGUUCAACCCAGGCUUGAUUGUUCUCCUGGUUAUUGGUGGGUUGCUGUUGACAUUUCUCAUUGGAAAUUACGCGCUCUACGUUUAUGCACAGAAGGCCCUCCCUCCUAGAAAAAAGAAACCAGUCUCGAAAAAGAAGAUGAAAAAGGAGAGGCUGAAGCAAGGAGUCUCUGCACCUGGAGAGUAAAGGCAUUUUACUCAAAUGUUCUGUUGAAUGUGGAUUACCUUGUACUUUUUAAAGAAUUCUGGUUCUGUGGUGUCUUAAGUACUUUCAUGUUUCCAUCCUGUGUUUUAUUGACAGAAAGUUUAGCUAUAUUAAUUAGUACUUUAGCAACAUAUUUGGGACAGGUUAUUUGGUGGUUUAGUUAAUCAUUUUUCUUUCAACAAAUGGCAGAUAUAGGAAAAAAUGGCAUAAUUACAUCUUGGAUUUGUUGAUGUUGAAGUAAGAUUUCACAUUAAGUGUUUUUGAUCACACAAAUAUAGCCUUCACAUAGGGCAUAUAUUGAUAAUUGAUAUAAGGUGUUGGAAUCCCAAAGUUUGUAUUCAAAUAGGGUAGGUUCUGUGGUCUUUUGUGGGGGUUUGUCUCGGCUGUUUGGGAGUUCCUGUUAUGCAGUUCACCGCCUGCAUUUCUGUUAUGGUGUGAUUCUGUACCAGUUUUACUACUAUGUGUGGUCUGGGCCUGUGGCUGUCUUGCAAUAUUUAUUAUUCUAAUUCUGAAAAUAUACAUUAAUUUGAUUUUCACUCUGUGAAAA